AUGGCCAAAAGAAACACUUCCACUACUGGAGCAAAGCCAUAUCAGUGCAAAACUUGCGACCAGUGUUUUGCGAGAAAAGGAAAUCUGAAAAGACAUGAGAGAUCACACACUAGAGGAAAGCCAUAUCAGUGCAAAACCUGUGACAAGUGCUUUGAUAAAAAAAGAGAUCUAGAAGUCCACGAGAGAUCCCAUACUAGAGAGAAGCCAUACCAUUGCAAAACUUGUGACAAGUGGUUUAUUCAGAAAAGAAAUCUACAAGUUCAUAAUAGGUCUCACACUGAAGAGAAGCCAUACCAUUGCAAAACUUGUAACAAGCGGUUUACUCAGGAAAGAAGUCUACAGGUUCAUAGUAGGUCUCACACUGGAGAGAAGCCAUACCAUUGCAAAACUUGUGACAAGUGGUUUACAAGGAAACAAGAUCUGCAAAGUCAUGAAAGAUUCCACACUGGAGAUAAGCCAUACCAUUGUAAAACUUGUGACAAGUGGUUUACUCAGAAAAGAAAUCUACAAGCUCAUAAUAGGUCUCAUGCUGGAGAGAAGCCAUACCAUUGCAAAACUUGUGACAAGCAGUUUACUAGGAAACAAGAUCUGCAAAGACAUGAAAGAUCCCACAAUGGAGAGAAGCCCUUCCAGUGCAAAACUUGCGAUAAAUGCUUUGCACAGAAAAGCAGUCUUAAACUUCAUAUUAGGUCUCACACUGGAGAGAAGCCAUACCAUUGCAAAGCCUGUGACAAGCAGUUUGCUAGGAAACAAGAUCUGCAAAGACAUGGAAGAUCCCACACUGGAGAGAAGCCCUUCCAGUGCAAAACUUGUGAUAAGUGGUCUUAAACUUCAUAUUAGGUCUCACACUGGAGAGAAGCCAUACCAUUGCAAAACUUGUGAAGAGCGGUUCACUAGGAAACAAGAUCUGCAAAGACAUGAUAGAUUCCACACUGGAGAGAAGCCCUUCCAGUGCAAAACUUGUGAUAAAUGCUUUACUCAGAAAAACAAUCUCAAACUUCAUAUUAGGUCUCACACUGGAGAGAAGCCAUACCAUUGCAAAACUUGUGAUAAGCGGUUUACUAGGAAACAAGAUCAGCAAAGACAUGAAAGAUCCCACACUGGAGAGAAGCCCUUCCAGUGCAAAACUUGUGAUAAGUGCUUUAGUCAGAAAAGAAAUCUUCAACUUCAUAUUAGGUCUCACACUGGAGAGAAGCCAUACCAUUGCAAAACUUGUGACAAGCGGUUUACUAGGAAACAAGAUCUGCAAAGACAUGAAAGAUCCCACAUUGGAGAGAAGCCCUUCCAGUGCAAAACUUGUGAUAAGUGCUUUACUCACAAAAGAAAUCUUCAACUUCAUAUUAGGUCUCACACUGGAGAGAAGCUAUACCAUUGCAAAACUUGUGACAAGUUGUUUGCACAAAAGGGUCAUCUAACAGUACAUGAAAGAUCCCACACUGGAGAGAAGCCAUACCAUUGCAAAACUUGUGACAAGUGGUUUGCACAAAAGGGUCAUCUAACAGUACAUGAAAGAUCCCACACUGGAGAGAAGCCAUACCAGUGCAAAACAUGUAAUAAGUGGUUUACUUGUAAAGGAGAUCUACAAGUACAUGAAAGAUCUCACACUGGAGAGAAGCCAUACCAGUGCAAAAGCUGUGACAAGCGGUUUACUAGGAAACAAGAUCUGCAAAGACAUGAAAGAUCCCACACUGGAGAAAAGCCAUACCAAUGCAAAACAUGUAAUAAGCGGUUUACUCGUAAAGGAAAUCUACAAGUGCAUGUAAGAUCCCACACUGGAGAGAAACCAUACCAGUGCAAAACUUGUGACAAGCGGUUUACUAGGAAACAAGAUCUGCAGAGACAUGAAAGAUCCCACACUGGAGAAAAGCCAUUCCAGUGCAAAGCUUGUGAUAAGUGGUUUACUCAUAAGGGAACACUACAAAGACAUGAAAAAUUGCACUCUGGACAGCAGUCAUAUUCUUCAGAUUACGAUGAAUCAUUUACUUGCUGGAUUUGCCAGGAGGAACUGAGCAGUGCUUCCCAGCUUGUUAACCAUUAUGAGGAACACAUGAGGUUGCCUUGA